AUGAGACCAUCUUGGCUGCUUGAUAUGAGGGUGCCUGGCAAUGUCGUGGACUUCGGAUUCAAGAUCUACAAUCGAUUGAGCUUGGCCGAGAAAGAGUCGUACGAUAAGGCUGUGAGUAAAUUUGUCGACGCCGGCUACUGGGUGCCGAUCGAUGACGAUGCUGUAAUCCGUGACACCGCUGCUCCAAAGGUGGUCAGCUUCCCUGUUAAGCAGGUUGACGACUCCGUACCUGACGGUCCUACUAAAGUAACCAGUUUCAAAGUUAGACCGGUCAUUCAGGCCGUUGGAGUCAAUCGUGUUAUCAAGGCUGGAGGGGCUAAAAAAGCUUCCUACUCCGGCGACUCUGUUCCUGAGAUCCUACUGGGUCUCCGGUUAAAUUUUUCUCGUGCUGGAGAAGGUCACUUAGGCCUUCUCUCCCUCGAUGUUGGUAAAGCUUUUUAUCGCUUCCAGCUGAUGGCACGGUCAGAUUCAAAUGGAGAUGCAGUGUCAUCCCUUGGUUACCUCUAUAUCCGAGGCGCAGGCCGAUGGUAUCGAUGCGAUAGGCUUGCAUUCGGACUUCUGCACGGUCCGGCUUCGCUCCAAUCCGGCAUGUCUACUCUUCUCCGUCUCGCCGGGAAACUGGAACCUAGCCUCGCAGAGUUGCCAGUUUACAGCUUCUAUGAUGAUAUAUUGGUUCUUAUUCCUAUCAAUAAGGUUCCGCGCUAUCUCUCUACUAUUUUACCUCUAGCUGAACGGGUCGGUUUGGUUAUCCCUUCCGAUCAAAUCGCUCUUCUUAGCGAUGCCGCACAUAGUGUCUGCGGCACUACCUGUGAUGCUGG